GAGCCACAUAAUGCUGCUUUUCUUAUGCAACACAACUUGAACUCUAUCAUUGUGCAUAAUACAAAGUAUCUCAUCUGCCUGUCUGCCUGUCUGCCUGCCUGCCUACUACUACUACAUGUAGUAGUCAGAUAUAAUAUAACAACCAAGAAUCAACAACCUUGGAAAAAGAUACAUCACAUAACAUCUUGGGCCUCCACAUCAAGUGACCAACCAUGUCACUAUCUCAACUUUCCAAACUACUACCUCUCCCGGAUCCCGAGUUGAAGCAGGUUCUAGACUAUGCCGCCACACUCUCCAAGGCAGAGGCUGCUGAUCACUUUCGCAACCUGCUCGGCGAGUCACCCGAGUGCAUAGACUUCAUAGCUACCUUCAACUCCAAGAGGCAGGAUCCAAGGUCGUCGCAAGCCUCGUCAGGCAGAAACUCUUCUUCGGGUAUUGAACCUGUCCCCAAGCCGUCAAGGGCACCCAAGAAGGAAAAGGCUCCCCUGCGCACUCCUGCGCCCCGUCCAGUUGCCAAUCUUGGCUUUGCACCUGGUGUAGCGUACAACAAAAAUGCUGAGACCGAUUACAUGCCUGGCCGGUCUAGCCCUGCCUCGACGCCGUCUGGAUCCGAACCUUCGAAGAAGAACCCUCCUCCAAAGGGCCCUUCUCCAAAACCCGGCCCUACUACCCCAGGUCACCUGAUAUCAGACGUCCGGAAGCCCAAGCCGAAACCCAACAACUCCAACUCUAGUAGUAAUGCGCGGUCAUCCACCCCGGUCCAGAAAACCAAGGUCCACAUUACCGGCGGCACCGCCAUGCACGGCGCCUCCACCGCCCUGUCGGACCUCGACAACGCCAUCAGCGUCCUCGAAACCACCACCAACCCGACCCGCGACACCGACGACGCCGCCAGACGCUGCAACUGCAUCGCCGCCAGACACCCCCUCCUCGCCGCCGCGCCCAACUGCCUCAACUGCGGGAAAGUCAUCUGCGUGAAGGAAGGUCUCGGCCCCUGCACCUUCUGCGGCACGCCCCUCCUCAGCCCCGCCGAAGUGCAAGCCAUGAUCCGCGAGCUGCGCACGGAGCGGGGGCGCGAGAAGAUGGCCGCCGACCGCUCCAUGCACAAGAAAGCCGACGUGUCGCGGACCCCCGCGCCCUUCACCAAGCCCCGAGAAACCCCAGACAGCAACCAACUCAGCGAAGCAGAAGCCAAGGCCCUCGAGCACCGCGACCGCCUCCUGAACUUCCAAUCGCAAAACGCGCGCCGCACCACCGUCCGCGACGAGGCCGCGGACUUCGAUGUCGGCGCCGCCGUCACCGGCCUCAGCAGCAACAUCUGGGCGACCCCCGAGGACCGCGCGCGCGAGCUAAAGCGCCAGCAGAAGACGCUGCGGGAGAUGGAGUGGAACGCGCGCCCGGAGUACGAGAAGCGGCGGCAGGUCGUCAGCAUAGACGUCGUCAAGGGCAAGGUCGUCAAGAAGAUGGCGGCGAUUGAGCGGCCGAAGAGCCCGGUGUCAGACGAUGAGCGCAAUCAGCCGGGAGGAGAGGAAGAACAAGAAGGAAAAGGGAAGGCUCUAGGAGAAAGUAGCGGGAAUCGUACUGGUGGGGGCGCUUUCAGCAAGAAUCCCCUGUUAGGCUCAUUGAUCAGGCCUGUCUUUGAAGCUAAGGGGAAGGGAGCUGAGUUGGAAGGUCGUAACCCGAAAGCGUCGCAGUGGAGGAGGGUGCAGGAUGAUCUGGAGAAUAAUGAGGCUGUUAUCCUUGAUGGGGGCGCAUACGGUGGUGGUGGUGGUGGUGGCCGAGAUGCCGCAAGUUUAGAUGUAGAUGAGCCUGGGUGCGGCUAAUGAUAAUAACAAUAUUAUGAUGAUGAUGAUGGUCAUGAUAAUGUCAUCCCUCACAAGCCAAAGCCUUCAAGUCACAAGCGCAGUGAAUGCAUAAACAUUAAUGAGUGUGGUAUCUUUAUUGAAAUAGCUUCUUCU